AGUAAUUGAUAUCUUCUCCAGAGUAAACGGCUGGACUAUUACCCGUUUCAACAAAUUAUAUAAAAGUUUUGGGAACUAAAGAGACUCAAAGAAUGGGCGCCAACCCCCCCCUGACAUCAGCUACAUCUACAGCUAGAACAGAGGAAGAGGCCUUAAGGAGAAUAGAAGGGUCAUUUACUGUAUAAAUGGAGGAAGGACCAUGUACAAUAGAGAGAUGGAUGAAAUGGGAGUAGACAUGAGUGUGAGAGGGCUAGAUAAACUAGUUGGGUAGGUAUUUAUAUAUAAGAGGAAGAGGUGUAUUGACAGACACACAGUUCAUAUACUCAUAUCAGCUGAGACCCAUUCGCUUAUAGAUAUAGACAGAGAGAGAUAGAGAGGGAUGGAGUGUGGAGAGAGUAUCCUGUGUGGGUCUGGGGAGCUUGAUCUGGACCCUGACAUUGUGAGUGAAGAGGCUGGGAAACUGUACUCAGAACUACAGACAGUGAUAGAGACCCAUGGCGUGGGGGUUGUGGAGUCCCUGGUGCCCAUCCUGGUGUGGGUCCUGGAGGGCCUGGCCAGCUGCAGAGCCCAGCUCAGAGAGAGGGAGGAGGAGGCCGAGAGAGAGAAAGGAGAGAGAGAUGAACUGUUGGAGAGAUACCAGAGUGAGAAACUACUGAGGAGAGAGAGCCAGGAGCGGUAUCUGGAGUUGGAUGACCAGAUUGAGCAGGAGCGGAGGACGAUGAGGGGAAGAGAGAAGGAGAGAGAGAGGAGGGAAAAAGAACUGGAGAAAAAGGCCAGAGAGCAGGCUGACCAAUUGGUGGCCUUGGAGGAGCAGAGGGCUGGACUGGGCAGAAAGCUGAACACACUGAAGCACACUCACAACAAGUUGGUGCUCAGUUAUAAGGAUCUACUGGAGAGGAAAAGGGAUUUAGAGAGGGAGGGAUCUCCACUAAGUAACCAUGUGCGCUCCAAGAAUUCACAAUCUACCCAGGGCCAGUCAGAAUCCUGUGUUAGCGGGCAGGAGCUAACUGAUCUAAGGCCAGAAACACCUCCUGAUUCUGCCCUGUUGGAAGAACCGGUAACCAAGGACGAUAGGGGGAUUGACAUUGUCGUAAAGGCAGACAGAGAUAUGUCCUUCAUCAAUGACAUCAUAAGCUCCACCCCUGAGCUGGCAAAGUUUCAUGGCCUUAUGAAGGCCAGCACCCCGGUCCGAGCAGACGCCAAAGAGCCAAUCAGAGGCGAGACCAAGGCCAGCAUGGAUGAAGAAAUGAAGGAGGUGGAAGAGAAGGAGGGAGAAGAGGGGGAGGAGGACAAAAAAGGAGGAGGAGUGAAGCAGGAGAAUGAGGAGGAGGAGGAUAUGGAUAAUCUGGAAUGGGAGCUGAGGAACACUGAGUCUGUGUUCUCAGAGCUGUCAGAGCUGAGCCGGGAAUACGUAGAGAGUGUGGACCAGGGGGCCAGUGUCAGAGGCAGCACCGACCAGUUUGAGGAGAUUGUUUCUCAGUAUGAGGAACUGAAACACACCCAAUACGUUGACAGAGUGCACAUUGGGCCUGAAGUCAAACGGAGCACGAUGGGUCCUUUGUUUACUGUAUUUACUCACUUAUGCAUUCUCUCUCUCAUUCAUUUUCUCUCUCACUCACUCUUACAUUCUAUCCCUCUACCUCUCCCCCUCCCAGUGAGUUAG